GGCCAAUCAGGCCUCAGGCAUUGAAAAGGUGGGCCGAACUCCGACCUCACAUCAGACCAGACCGAUGGAAGUGCAGGCCAACUUCCAAACACUCAUUUCGAGAUCCAAUCCCGAUCAACUACGCUCCCUCAGCCGUACCGAAAGGACCGAAAAAUCUCCCCUCUUCGUGAAAGACAAAAGCCGUCAAAAUGCGUCCUACCCUCGGUCUCCGCGCUUUCCGCCCGACUCUGCGCAUGAUGUCCCCCGUUCCCGCCGAGGACCAAGUCGGCCACACCGUCUCCCAGAGACUGCGCAAGCUUCGCCAGAUCCCCCCCGAGCUGAUCCCUCUCGGUGUUGUCGUUGGCUUUGCUCUGGCCGCUGCCACCUACUCGGUCGGACGUCACUUUGUGACCGACAAGACCAUCCGUCUCAAGCGCCAGGGCAAGUCCGCCGCUGCCGCCGCCGGCCACGGAGAGGAGCACUAAGCGGAAGUCGGGAUAAUUGCGGGAGACAGUUUGACCAAUGGCGCCGAUGUGUUAUUAGGGAGGAUCAGUUUGCAUAUGUGAAUGACAGACAGAUGAAAAGGCAGCAGAGACGCUGCUUUCAGUUUCUUUUCUCAACAUGCCUCUCAGCCGUUGAGUGUUCAGAGAAAAAAAAUCAGGUCCAUUUAUACAUCAU